CAAAAGGAAACUUGAGGAGCAGAUCUCGUCAUUAUCCCGACGUCUACCGCUUCGUGCGAUGAGCAGCACCAGUGGCGUGUCGCCCUUUCACCACGCCGUGCCUGUUCAUGAUCUCGGAGCUGCGAGGGUGUUCUACGGCGACUUGCUGGGCUGCAGCGAAGGCAGAACCUCCCCAGGCAAAUGGAUUGACUACAACCUGUGAGCAAUGCCGCAACAACACAGACGGGCCCUGUUGAUUUCUACGAAUCUCCGUCAGGUAUGGCAGUCAGCUUGUUUGCCAUUUUGUUGGUGAGAGCUACAGAGCGCCUGAAUAUGUCAACCCCGUCGGUAUGCCCACCUGCACUGAAGUUGUUAGUGUCGCACACACACACUUGUGGUCGAUUGAUGCGCAAAGAUGGCGAUGAGGUGCCCGUCCCGCAUUUCGGGUGUGCGCUGAGUGUCGAUGAGUUCCAUACUCUCGCGGCCAGGCUCAAAGAGAAGGGUGUCCGGUUCGUCAUUGAACCACACCGGAGGUUCCAAGGGCAGCCAGGUGUGUGGCGCAGCCGAUGGAGAGGAGAGGGCAGAUGCCAUACUGCCUCUAUGUAUGUCAUUGUGUGUGGGUUGGCGCAAGGUGACCAGUGGACCAUGUUCUUCAAAGACCCAUCAAACAACGCGCUGGAAUUCAAAGCCAUGGUACCUGGAUGGGUGCGUGGGUGGGAGGGAUUGGUGGGGAGGCGAGUGUCAUCUAUCGUUGAGUGCUAUGACUGCUCUGUCUGUCUCUGUGGGCGACGUUCAGGUGCAUCCUGAGAAUCUGUUUGCUAAGUACAAUGUGGACGAUUUCGCUGACAAGUGAAAAUGCAUAAUCGUAGCGUGGUGUACAAGGGACGAGGGGCACGGACAUGGUAGAGCCGCUGCGAGCUCGCCCGCGUUUUCUGAGGGUGAAGUUAACUGUCUGGAGUUAACGGUGAAGUUAACGAACUGUACGCUGUACGCUGUAGACCAACAUACCGAAGCACUCCUUGCUUGGUUCCAUUCCCUUCUGGCUGCACCCGCUCUUCCUUUCCUUCCCUUCCUUCUCCUCUCAUCUGCGGGCUACGCUUUGCCAGCUUACACCCCCUACACGACUCUCGCACGAGCGCCUCCUCCCUCUGCCGUCCGCCAGGCCAUCAGCCAUGAAGACCUUGUGGCUCCUCGCUCUGGGCGUGCUUGCCUUGGCUGCCGCGCACCAAGCCGGCGGCGUGACGUCUGCGGAUGACGCUCAAGUGGCUGACGCUGUGAGCGCUGAGGGUGGCCUGCGUGGGCUGACAUACUAAACCACUGAGCAUCAUGGGAGUGACGCCGUGAGCGAGCAGAGGCGGUGUUUUAACCAACACGGCUGCAGCAGUGGCGAAUAUUGCCACUACGAAAACAUGUGGGACGUGUCGGGCACAUGUAAGCACUGACCACAGACACACACAGUCGAUCGACGCCAGGCCGUGUGCCUCAUUCAAUGUGUCCGUCCAUGUGUGUCGCUUUCAGGCAAGAGCAAGUGCUAGCCACUAGGCGUCCAAUUCAGACAGACACUGCAAGUUGUGUGCCGCUGUUUGUUGAUGUAUGUGCAUUCACACAGCUGCCUUGUGUGGCUUGUCGUUGCGUUGUGUGGCUUUACUGACAAUCAGUGUGAUCAUCUGACGGUCCUCUGCUGUGUAUUGGUUCAUUGUAUUUUCACCAAGAGAGAGAGAGGGGAGGGAGAAGCUGUGGUGUCCACACUCUUACACACAUGGUGUAAUCAGCUUUUUUUCUCACGAUGCCGAAACGACUUUCUUCUGGCGCAUUCGUUUCUGUCUGCCAAGUGCACACACACGGCACACAUGUACUCUUCUAUGUUCGUUCUGUGGCACUCCCUUGCGGCAAUCGGUCCAGUCGGUCAGGCGGCUGUGUGCGUGUUGCGUUGUGUUUCGGUGUUUGCAUGUGCCGCCGAAAAGGGGCGCGCUGCAAUCCAAACCGAUCUCGUACGACGUACGUGCAGCUAGGCUGGCCAGGGAAUGGGG